UUAACCAAUCAUAUAACACCACGCACACACAAGAAUCACAAAGUCGCAAAAUUCGAUCGAAGAAAAAGAUGAAUUAAAAAAAAACUGAUAACCUAAACACUUUUUCAUCUGUAAAUAGAUUAAUAAUAAAUUAACUUUAUAAAUAAUUUAUACAAAUCCUAAAAAAAAUUUAAAAAAACCACUAACUUACAAUAUGCGUGCCGUAUAUCUUGCAAUUGCUAUCCAACUUAUCUUCUGCACCAUUGGCACCCUGGCCGGUCGUGAUUUCUAUCGCAUUUUAAAUGUUAAAAAAUCCGCAACUACAAAUGAAAUAAAAAAAGCAUAUCGCAAACAAGCCAAAGAAUUACAUCCUGAUAAAAAUAAAGAUGAUCCAGAUGCAUCAACAAAAUUCCAAGAUCUCGGAGCUGCCUAUGAAGUUUUAUCGGAUCCGGAAAAGCGCAAAACAUAUGAUCGAUGUGGCGAAGAGUGUUUAAAGAAAGACGGCAUGAUGGAUAGUUCAGAUCCUUUUGCUAAUUUCUUUGGUGAUUUUGGUUUUCACUUUGGCAAUGGAGAUAACAAUCAACAUGACACUCCUCGUGGUGCAAAUAUUGUCAUGAAUAUGUAUGUGACAUUGGAGGAAUUGUAUUCUGGGAAUUUUGUUGAAAUUGUACGAAAUAAGCCAGUUUUAAAGCCAGCUAGUGGCACGAGAAAGUGUAACUGUCGACAAGAAAUGGUUACAAGGAAUAUGGGCCCAGGAAGGUUCCAAAUGAUGCAACAGACAAUUUGUGACGAAUGUCCCAAUGUCAAGUUGGUCAAUGAAGAAAGAACUCUGGAAAUUGAGGUUGAGUCGGGAAUGGUUGAUGGACAAGAGACUAGAUUUGUAGCUGAAGGUGAACCUCAUUUGGAUGGUGAACCGGGAGAUUUGAUAGUUGUGGUACAACAAAUGCCACAUGAACGAUUCCAACGAAAGGGUGAUGAUUUGUAUACAAAUGUCACAAUUAGUUUACAGGAUGCUCUUGUUGGAUUUAGUCUUGAUAUUCCUCAUUUGGAUGGACACAAAGUCUCUGUGACACGAGACAAAGUAACUUGGCCAGGUGCCCGCAUUCGCAAGAAGGGCGAAGGAAUGCCAAACUAUGAAAACAAUAACUUACACGGCAAUUUGUAUAUUACAUUUGACGUGGAAUUCCCAAAGAAAGACUUAGAAGAAAGUGAUAAGGAAGCUAUUAAAAAGAUUUUGGAACAAUCGUCGAUUAACCGAAUAUACAAUGGACUUUAGAGAAUCUUACUAAGAUUUUCUUCUUUUUUGUAAAUUAAGUUAUAGGAUUUAAUUAAAUUAAAUAAAUCAACACGCAUGUGAGUGUUGUGUUGGAAAGAAAA